UAGAACUCUAAGUAGUCAUAGAACUCCAAAUGCUCCUUCCCUUUCUUUUUUGUUAACUAUAAAAGUGGACAAUUCUUCAACGCAGACAAGAACAAAAUAAAUUUUCAUUAAAUUUUCACAUUGUAAUGGCAACUGAAAAUGAUGAUUUGAUCACAGAAUUUCCCCCUGGCUACAGAUUUGUGCCCACUGAUGAGGAAUUGAUUAAAUAUUACCUUGAAAAUAAGGUUCAUUAUCAACCUUUUCCAGCUCUAUUCAUUGAAGACAUCCAUGCUAAGGAAUUUUACAACAAAUCUCCUGAAGCUCUUGUGGAAAAUAUGUGCAGUGCAGGAGAAUGGUACUUCUUCAUACAUCAAGAUGAGUAUUUUAGAGGAAAAAUUGGAAAAUUUCAGAUUGUUGGAAAUGAAAUAGGUUUUUGGCAAUGCUUCGGAAAAGAAUUUCCAAUUUAUAAUUCAGAAGGAGAUGUGGUUGGGUUCAAAAUUAAUUUCAAGUAUUGUUCUAGAUCGGCUAAGAAAAAUACUUGGAUAAUGGAAAAAUAUCGUCUAAGUUUUGAAUGUGCCAUUGAUGACGAAGAGAUAGAAGAAUGGGUUCUUGGAAGAAUCAUAAGAGGACAAAAGAAAGAUUAUGCCAAUUAUUACUAGCGCCUUUUCUUUAUUUUACAUCAUUCUUUAUUGAUUCUUCAUAAUAAUAAUGUAACUAAGCCAAGUUCUUGUUUGUUUUUCUUGUAUCAAUAACUUGGCUAGAAUAGAGAUGAUACUAAAUGAUUGUUUUCAAUUUUUCCACGAAAUGAUGUUACCAAUAAAAUUCAUGAUUUA